CUCAUUCGCUUCUUCAGUGUUGUUUGUGUUUACAUUGCAUCGCUCGGAUGGCUUCAUUUUAUUCGUGACGAUUGUUCAGAUAUUUGCAAUUUUCUCACACAAUACAUCGCAGAUUCUCAUAAAACGCAAUGAAUCUUCAGCUACUUGAAUCCUUCGGUCAGAACUACCCGGAAGAAUUCGACGGCUCGCUGGAUUGCAUCUCCUUGGCGGUAACCUGUGCCUUCAACAAGUAUGGAACCCUUCUGGCGGUCGGUUGCAAUGACGGUCGGAUCGUUGUAUGGGAUUUCCUGACGAGGGGAAUCGCCAAGAUAAUUUCCGCCCACGUACACCCGGUGUGCAGUUUGUGUUGGUCCCGCAAUGGGCACAAACUGCUGUCGGCUUCGACGGACAACAAUGUCUGCAUUUGGGACGUGAUGAGUGGCGACUGCGAACACAAGUACCGAUUUCCUUCGCCAAUUUUGAAGGUUCAGUUCCAUCCGAGAAACGAUAAUAAAUUUUUGGUUUGUCCAAUGCGGUAUGCGGCAGUUCUGGUGGACAUUGGAGGGAAGCACCAAUGCUUACCAUUGGAUAAUGACGGAGAUCUUAACAUUGUUGCCUCAUUUGAUAGGCGAGGAAUAUACAUUUAUUCUGGCAACGCUAAAGGCAAAAUCCUCGUGUUGAAUUCGAAUACGUUGGACAUUAUGGCUAGCUUCAAAAUUGCAGUUGGAACCUCCAGCGCAACAGCAGUUAAAAGCAUAGAGUUUGCCAGAAGAGGAGAAGCAUUUCUCGUCAAUACAUCAGAUCGAGUAAUUCGGGUCUACGAUUCGAAGGAAGUCGUUGCCUGCGGUAAAGAUGGCGAACCGGAACCCAUUCAGAAGCUACAGGAUUUGGUAAAUAAAACUACCUGGAAAAAGUGCUGCUUCUCAGGAGACGGCGAAUACAUCUGUGCUGGAAGUGCGCGGCAACACGCACUGUACGUGUGGGAGAAAUCGAUUGGUAAUCUCGUGAAAAUCCUACACGGAACCAAGGGUGAACUGCUACUGGAUGUCGUUUGGCAUCCGGUUCGACCGAUCAUAGCCAGUAUUAGUUCCGGGUUGGUUUCGAUAUGGGCUCAGAAUCAGGUGGAAAACUGGUCCGCUUUUGCACCAGAUUUCAAAGAACUCGACGAAAACGUAGACUACGAAGAACGGGAAUCGGAAUUCGACAUUACCGACGAGGAUAAAUCGGUGGAUCUGGCUGCUGAAUCGAAACAGGAUGAAGAAGUGGAAGUGGAUGUGGUUUCCGCUGAACCGAUAGCUGCUUUUUGCUCGUCAGAUGAAGAAUGUGAAGACGAGCUUGCGUUGCAAUUUCUCCCCAUCGCUCCAGAAGUGGAAGAUCCGGAAGAUGGUUGGGGUUCGCAGGACAAUUCCGACCCGUUGGGAUCGGGCUACAACAACAACUCGGGACACGAUUCGAUGUCGAUGAAGGAGAACGAACCGGCUUCCAAGAAGCGGAAAACGAACUCCUUUGACAUUGCUUUGGACAAUGCGCCAAUUGAAGAUGUACAUCCCUUGCUACAGAACAAAGCCAACAAAGACAAAGUAACGGCAGCAAGUAAAAAAGCCGCUGGUCGACCUCGGAAGUGAGCGACACUUUUUUUUUUUAGAUAUGUAAUACAAAAUUAUUUAAGGUAAGCAGUUGCAUACAACUCAAAUCCACAACCUACUUUUAAGUGUGUCCUGGAAGUAAAACAGCAGCAACAUUUCGAAUAAGCGUGUUUCAAUCACUUCUCGCAAGGACUAGCAGAGGA